GCGCGUGCACAGCGAGCAGCAGAUGCCUUGCUUUGCGCUCCCUGGCCGCCUCGGCAGCCCCGGCGCCGCGGCGGAGGGGAACGUCCUGCCUCGGGCCGCGCCCGGGGCGGUUAUGCGGGGCUUGCCCAUCGACCGCGGCCGCGGCCUGCCCAAGGUGGACGCGGACAGCUGCGGCUUGCGCCACCUCCCCGGGACGAUCUACCAACUGCGCGCCGCCAACGUCGUCUACGGCGAGGCGUCGUACCUCCCGGGCAGCGGCGGUGCGGCGUCGGAGGAGGAGGGGCGGCCUGGGGCAGCCUCGCAGUCCCCGGGCGAGGGCCAGCGCCCUUGA